CAGGUAAUGGGAGAAUAAUUGUGUUGAGCAUCACUACAAUGUGUCACACAAUCACUCACAGCAUCGGCAGCAGGUGCGGGCGCGCGCAUCACUGUGUGCAUCAGCGAGGACAUGGAGUUAAAAACCUCCAUCAGUCAAACUGCGCUUUGAUUCACCGGCCGAAGAGCAAAGCAGCGACAUCUGAUCUAGCUCAAACUUCAAGUGUGUUGAGGAGCUUGAAAGCAUGGAGAAAGGGCGCAGCACCCCGAAACUGUACGGAUCCCUGGAUCAAACAGAGCUCUGCGGAGACACAAGCAAACAAGCUGAAGAAGAUGUGGUGUCCAUGGCUGAUUCCACCAUCACUGUGGAGGACAUUGAGGGAGAGCUGUUCAAAAUCGAGAGGAUAAAGGAUGCACUGGUCCGGAAAGAGUCUGAGCUCAGAUAUAUGAUGGACGACAUCCAGUUAUGUAAGGAGAUCACGAGGCUCAAAAAAGAACUCCAGAAACUGGUUUCCAUCCCAGACAAAGACAAGUCAAAUGAGGACAGACAGCGUGAGGAAGAACUACUUCAGCAGAUCCAGAAGCUGGUGGAGACGCGGGACUUUUUAGUGGACGACAUGGAGUUUGAGAGGCUCAGAGAGCGAGAAGAGGACAAAGAGAUGGCUGACUUCCUACAGACCAAAUUUCCCAACAGGUCACACCAAGGACAGGAGAAUGACGUCCAGAGCCCAGCAGACCUCAUCUCCUUACAUGACCAAGACAGGUGUCACCCUGCUGAAAGAGUGCUGCGGCUUCACCUGCUCCAUCAUGUAGAUACGCCAGUGUAAAACAGGAGACAGUUUGGCGCAGAGUGACGAGUAAACAAGCCCUCAGAUCUGUGAUUCAGCACAAUAUUUUCAAGUACUCUUUCACAUUCCAUUUCAUAACAGACGGCAGUGCAUGAGCAACAAACCUGAUGUGCAUAUUAUAAAGAAUGAUUGCAUUAACCUAUUCAAGGAGACGUCCAGAAUUAGCAGUGAUUAGAUGGUAUGGUGUAGUUUUAAAGGGCUAGUGCACCUAAAAAUGAAACAUCUGUCAUUUACUCACGCAUAAUGUUGAUAUAAACCUGUAUGAGGAUAUUUUGAAAAAAGAUAUUUUGAAGAAUGCUAAUGACGCAUUGACUUCCAUUGUAUUUUUUAUACUGUGGAAGUUAAUGUGAACCAGAAUUAUUAGGUUGACAGCAUUCUUCAAAAUAUCUUCCUUUGUGGUUCACAGAAGCAUGAAGUUUGUACAGGUCUGGAUGGGGGUGAGUAAA